CACCAUCUCUUUCUCUUCCACUCCUCUCCUCCUUCCCACAUCCCUCACUCCCUGCCUGCCUUCCUGCCUGUCUGUCACAAGUCCCACAUUUCCCUGGAGAGUGAGAUGCCAUGGAGGCCGGAGGAAGAACAGCGCUGUGUGUCUGCUCUAUUCUCUUCAUGCUGACAGACGUCAGCCCCGACUUCAUCCACGUCCCUCUCUCCAUCCAUCAUGGCAUUGAAGGCGAAUCCGUCCUCCUCUCGGUUGAGACUCGCUUCCCGCUGGACGACGUUGAGAUCCAGGGUACUUGGUCCCACACUGGGCCGAGCGGCGUCAGAACCACGUUGGUGACGUUUAACAAAGAGACCACAAUCACUGACAUGACGUACCGCGACCGCCUCCUCUUCAGAGGACCCAACGUGUCUCUGCUUAUCCAUGAAUUGCACCAGGCCGAUGAGGGGGAUUACCACCUGAAACUCAACAUAGCGUUCCAUAACGAGACAGGGCUGGUCAUCAAGGAGGAGAGAACUGUGCACGUGACCGUGGACGUCCCCGUCUCCACUCCGGUCGUUGAGAAGAGCCCGUCGUACGCUGUCGUUGAGGACAAGGCAAACGUGACCUGGACGUGUUCUGUGGAGCGAGGGACGAGAGUCGUGUUCCAGUGGCUGCGGGACAACGUCGCGCUGGAUCUCCGGGACGGAUACCGCUUCUCCCGGGACAACUCCACGCUGGUGAUCGCUCCCGUGAGGAAAGAGGACAGGGGGAGCUACCGCUGCGUGGCCGGCAACGCUGUCAGCCGGGGGCGAGCCAGCAGGGCCGUGGAACUCAACGUGUACUACGGCCCUUACAACCUGGAGGUGAACUCAGGCCAGGGCCUGCGGACAGGAGAAGUGUUCACCAUCAACCCCGGAGAGCUGGUCUUCUUUGAAUGCCAGGCCGACUCCAACCCACCCAACAGCUACGUCUGGAUCUCCAAGAGCCGCAACGCCACCGUCAUCACAGAGGGCCCCCGGCUGGAGGUGCGCUCCUACAAACUGGCCCAGGCAGAAGAGUACCUUUGCCGCGCCUUCAACAACGUUACACAGAAGCAGAACGAGGCCCAGUUCACUCUGGUGGUGGCCAGCUUAGGAACAGGAAAAGAAAAGCACUCCCAAGCUGGCGGCUAUUUAUCCCCCCUGGCAGCCAUUACUGUCUCCUCUUUGUUCGUCAUCGGCUGCAUGUUGCUGUUCUUCCUCAGGAGAACCUGCCAUCCCAAGAGAGUGCUCAUGAGCAUCUACAACAGACCGCUUUCAGAGCAGAAGCGACCACAUCGUUCAGGUCAUGAAGAUGCCACAGAGGACUUUGGUAUCUACGAGUUUGUCUCUAUACCUGGGAAAAUGGAAUCAGCACAGGCAUCGUGCAGAUCUCUGGCUCGCCUUGAGUCAGUUCAGGAUAUGCACACCACCAUCUACGAUGUGAUCGGACAUGUUCCUGAAACCCCCAGUCAGAGUUUACUCAAUUAAGCUCGGAGACUUGAGAUGGAAUUUACAGUCAUUCAUUGAAGAGUAGCUUUAUUUUAUGUCGUCGAAGCCGGAAACUUUGUCUUUGGUGAGCCGAUUUUUGCACAAGGGAUGAAGGGGGCUUGUGUGAGUACACAACCUGCACUGUUACUGUCCACAGCUUGGAACAGAUGUUAAAUGACUUUUGCUGACCAUAUUUUUUAUUUAUGUUAAAAGUACAAAGUUUUCAAACCGUUUUGGUCUUUGCGUUCAAAGCUUGAGGUCGUAUUAAACCAAGCAAGUAACUCUUAACCAUGAUCUCGUGAGAUACACCUUAGCUACCCAAACUGGUCACAACAUGUUCAAAUUUAUAUACUACGGUUUAAUUUGAAAAUUCAAUAAUAUAUUUCUAAUUUCAAAUUCCCGUCAAUGAGAGUCUGUUUUGUGACAAGUGUUAUAAUGAAUACGUUCUCUUGUAUGAAAUAUAUUUAGGUUAAUUGUAAAUAUUGUACAUGGAUUAUACGGCAGAGUCUUCAUUCUAUUUCUGUUUGUCUAUUUAUUCCAAUAGAAACACUUUACCCUGUUUCUGCAAAUGUAGCAUUUGCUCCUGCUGGAUGUAAUGAAAUGCUAAAGCAAGAAGAAGGAUUAACGAUUCCUAAAUGAUUGUACAGUUUGCAUUCAUAUGCUUGUUUUGUACUUUAAUUAAAGAUAUAACUGUUUA